AUCAGUGACCAGGAAUCCUUUAGGGAAGUUAUUACGGCAAUGGAAGUAAUGCAGUUCAGCAAGGAGGAAGUUCGGGAAGUUCUGAGGCUGCUCGCUGGGAUACUACAUCUUGGGAACAUAGAAUUUAUCACUGCUGGUGGGGCGCAGGUUUCCUUCAAAACAGCUUUGGGCAGGUCUGCAGAGUUACUUGGGCUGGACCCAACACAGCUCACGGAUGCUCUGACCCAGAGAUCGAUGUUCCUCAGGGGAGAAGAGAUCCUGACGCCUCUCAAUGUUCAACAGGCAGUAGACAGCAGAGACUCCUUGGCCAUGGCACUUUAUGCACGCUGCUUCGAGUGGAUGAUCAUGAAGAUCAAUAGCAGGAUCAAAGGCAAAGAUGACUUCAAAUCUAUUGGCAUCCUCGACAUCUUUGGAUUUGAAAACUUCGAGGUUAAUCGCUUUGAGCAGUUCAAUAUAAACUAUGCAAAUGAGAAACUUCAGGAAUACUUUAACAAGCAUAUUUUUUCUUUGGAGCAACUAGAAUAUAGCAGGGAAGGAUUAGUGUGGGAAGAUAUUGACUGGAUAGACAAUGGAGAAUGCCUUGACUUGAUUGAGAAGAAACUUGGCCUCCUGGCCCUUAUCAAUGAAGAAAGCCAUUUUCCUCAAGCUACAGACAGCACCUUAUUAGAGAAGUUACACAACCAACAUGCUAAUAACCACUUUUAUGUGAAGCCCAGAGUUGCGCUCAACAAUUUUGGAGUGAAACACUACGCUGGAGAGGUACAGUACGAUGUCCGAGGUAUCUUGGAGAAGAACAGAGAUACCUUUAGAGAUGACCUUCUCAACUUGCUAAGAGAGAGCCGGUUUGACUUCAUCUAUGACCUGUUUGAGCAUGUUUCAAGCCGCAACAACCAGGACACCUUGAAAUGUGGCAGCAAACAUCGGCGGCCCACAGUCAGCUCACAGUUCAAGGACUCACUGCAUUCCUUAAUGGCAACGCUAAGCUCCUCUAAUCCUUUCUUUGUUCGCUGUAUCAAACCAAACAUGCAAAAG